AUGAACGUCGAAUGCCAUUGUGGCGCCGUAAAGUUCCCAACACCGGCGCCGGAACCCAUCGACAUAUACUGCUGUCACUGCUCUGAAUGCCGCAGACAGUCGGCGUCGGCCUUUGGCAUAUCCGCCAUCUUCCCAGCAGAUGGUCUUGUCCCUCUUUCGGCAGAUCUCGAAUCCAAGCUUCAAGUCUGGACACGUCCGACCAAGAGUGGUGGCCAGAUGGACUGCUACUUCUGCCGGGUAUGCGGGUCUCGCAUCUUUCACCACGUCCGGGAGAGCGAUGGGACUCGUAGGUCGACAGUUAGCAUCAAGGGUGGAUCAAUCAAAGGGCUUAAUUUUAAGAAAGGGAAGCACAUUUGGACAAAUAACGCGGUAAUACCGGUUCCUGAAGGAGCUGAAAGUUGGCCCGAGUCACCGCCAGCGACUCCUCGCAAGGAUGAAGCCAUGGAGGAAUGA